GCAAUUGUUUAGCCCCAGUAAACAAAUGAACACGCGUGACAAACCAAACGUCGAGCUGAAAUAUAAAAAUAAAUAAUUACAACAAAUGCAAGAUGAAAAUCGGUACGUAGAUAAAUAACAUUCGGUGCCCGGCGUAAUUAUGAGUCAAAACCAAGUGAGAGAGAAAAAGAAAGAUGCACCAAAACCGCAGAAGAAGAGCCCGGAGAAGAACAUGUCUGAAAUAGACGAACACAUUCUAAAAAGGUUUGAUAUCAGAAAGAGACUUGGGAAGGGUGCUUACGGAAUAGUCUGGAAGGCGACUGACAAGAAAACUAAAGAGGUGGUGGCCAUAAAGAAGAUAUUCGAUGCAUUUCGCAAUCAGACAGACGCUCAGAGGACUUUUAGAGAGAUCAUAUUUUUGCAGUCGUUUCGAAAUCAUCCAAAUAUUGUUAAAUUACAUAGCAUACAUAGGGCUCUGAACAACCGCGACAUCUACCUCGGCUUCGAGUACAUGGAGACUGACCUGCACAACGUGAUCAAGCGCGGAAACAUCCUGAAGGACAUACACAAGAGAUACAUCAUGUACCAGAUGCUGAAGGCGACGAAGUACAUUCAUUCAGGGAAUGUGAUACACAGGGAUCAGAAGCCUAGUAAUGUGCUCAUUGAUAGCGCUUGCAGAGUUAAGCUGGCAGACUUCGGCCUUGCCCGUUCAGUGUCAAGCAUGUACUCCGGUGGGGAAGAAGGGGCGGAUCCUUGCCUCACGGACUACGUCGCCACGCGCUGGUACAGGGCGCCGGAGAUACUCAUCGCUAGUAAGAACUAUACCAAAGGCAUCGACAUGUGGUCACUGGGCUGCAUUCUUGGCGAGAUGUUGGUAGGCCAGCCGCUGUUCCCUGGCACUUCUACUGUCAACCAGAUAGAGAGGAUCAUGGCGGCGUUGCCUCGACCUUCGGCUGAUGAUAUAGCAGCGGUGUGUAGCGGGUACGGGUCGUCUCUGAUCCGCGAGCAGGCCGCAAGCAACAGCUCGGGAGCGUCGCUCGCGAGCCUGUUGUCAUGCGCGCCGCGUGACGCCGCGGACCUCGUGCACAAGCUGCUGUUCUUCAACCCCGCUAAACGGCUCAGCGCUGAACGAGCUCUCGACCAUGAAUAUGUUGGCAAAUUCCACCGCGAGCGAGACGAGCCAACCUUACCCUCGGACGUGCUGUUGCCCCUGCGUGACGAUAAGCAGAUGUCGGUGGACGACUACAGGAACAAACUGUACAGCAUCAUGGCUAAAGGAUCGCAUGCGUGCAACGGACAACAGACGAGGAAGAGUCACACUAGCAACAAGACACACCCUCUACCAUCAACGACAAGCAAAAGCAGCAAAAGCUUCCAAGAAUCUGAACUCGCCAAAUAUAAUAAGAGCAAACAUCUGAGCAUCUCGGCCGACCAAAAAGUCCGCUCGAAGUCGACCAAGCAACCAGAACGGCCGAUAAAAGAGUAUCGCUCCGACCAGAGUGUGGGGAAACCUCUACGCGCGACCAAAGUGUUUGAGCAUAGACACGAUUGGAUGGAGACGAACUGUCAUGGCGAUUAUUUUCAGCCAGUGACGCGUCAGAGUCCGUCAGAGACUGGCAUUGUCAGUGGCGGGAAAAAGAACGUGCAACAGAGAAGGAAUUCGACCUCCUUCUCGACCAUAACUAUAGGCGAUUCCGAUUAUGGCUGCGUGAGGCAACGACACGGAGUUAUAACAGCCAGUGCGCUUAUGGAUCUCAGGACAAGCAUACGAUGAUUGUGUUACGAAUCUCAUUUACAUAGUCAUUUCUUGGUAACACGAUUUAGGGAUUUUAGGCUAUUUUCAAAUGGAAUGAAAGUUGGUUAGAGGGUGGUAUUUGACAUUGAAAAUUACAUCAAAUCUCUGUUUGUUUUUGGAUGUCUCAUUUCGUGAAAUUAGGUAUGGAUUUUUUUACAUUCGUUUUAUUUUAGGCUGGCAAAUAGUUUUGAUACAACUCGUUCUUGGAUAUUUAAAACCGUUUUCUGUAUUGCAAUUUGCAUGAAAUAAUAAAAAACAUAGUGUUAAAUACAGGGCUGUACUUGGAUACUGCAAAUGGAGGCGAUUUACUCAUCAAGAAUUCUUCUAAUCCUUGUAGAUAUUAUUUGGUAAUGUCACGUUUUAAUUAACUAUUGGUUUUGCUAUAGUUUUUCGAUGUCUCGUGUGGUUUUAGUAUAUAUUUGAUCCUUUAAAUGAUAAAAUUGUGUUCUCAUUGCGGUUUAGUUUGGAGAUAUAUGAAUUUUAUAUUAAAUACAAGCACAAAAAAAUAUUUGUGUACCUAUUUAUAGACGAUAAUAUAGAAGGGCACAAAAAAAAAUUCGGUUUACAAUUUCAAAAAUAAUCAUGAAUUUUCUUAUUGCUGUAUACAAAAUGUUUUACAAGCAUUUGGCCAUCAGUUUUUGGGGGUCGUAUAUCCCUAGUAAUAUUACUUAAUACGGUCCCUAAUUCCUACAUCAAAAUCACUUUAUACCCUUCCUGCACGAUUAACGUCGCGAGUUACUCUCGAAAGUAAUUUGUAUUUUUAAAUACAGUUGACAUUCUAAUUUGUUAAUUUCUGGUUAGAAAGAAACUGUACCGCAAAGUGAUCUCACAGCACCUGAUAGUAAGUGAAGCGGAGUUCAAACGAGAUAUGAUUACCUCUCGCCAGUUGAUACAAUUAUGCCGGCCUGUUUGAAUAUACAUGGGUUGAUCCCGCAAAGCGACUCACGUGGAUCAUUAUGGUGGGUUUAACACUUUUGUACGGUGGUCGCUAUCCGGACGGAUACAAAUAACUUAAAGCAAAAAUCGUGAACGAAGGGCAUAACAGAUGAUUUAACAGAAAAAUGUUCCUAAAACACUGCCUAUGAUCGAUAUAUAUGUACUACGUACAUAGAAUAUACGUCAAUGCUGCCUAUAUAAAUUUAGAAAUAUGAAAAUAGUUAAGGUUUGCUCACAAUAAUCUAGUUUUCUAGUCAGACACUGUGUACAUAGAUGUCUGGAGAAAUGUUCGAACAAAAUAAUAUUUGGUAACUGGAGAAUAAAUAUCGAAAAUAAAAUAAUUUCUAGUCAUAGUCGGAUUGGUUGGUUGUCGUUCGAGGCUUUACCUGACACCCCGAAGGAGCGAAAAAAUAUCUUCCCCGUUUUAACAGUGGGUAAAUUAAAAAAGUCCUUCAAGACACUGCGUGAAGCUCUGGGCCCUUACCGAAUUCGUCCCCCUCUGAGGCCGCCCCUGUUGGUACGAUUUCAUUCUUAAAUUUUGAGUUUAUAGGUAGUUGUUCAUUAUGGGAAGGGAUUUAUUUAUAGGGGCACGGCAUCUCAUGGUAAAUGGAGUAGGUUAGAUAGUGUCGACAGACGAGAGAUGAUUAUCCUUCGUUAGUCGUCACAAUUAUGCCGGCCUAUUUGACCGCGCACAACGCAGUGAUUCAAAGCCUGCGCAUUUUCACGUCGUAUAGCGUAGGUAGAGGUUAAAAAUAUUUUUCUGAUAUCAAAGCUAAAUAAUGAUAUUGUUAAUUUUUCAUGUCGGUUAUGAGUGUUUAAAAAGUGACCUUAAUGUGUGCACGUACGGUAUGUUUUAUGGUGGGCGAGAGUUUGGUGUGAUCUCGGAAGGGUGUUGUAUGGUUGCCGAUUGUUCCUAAUGUAAUUGGUAGUUUACAUUUUAGUUGACCACUUUUGUAUAUCGUGUUUUACAUGAAUAAAUGCAUCUCGGAA